AUAUGAAUUAUUUGAUAUUUGCGUUUUGCAUCAGUUAUCUAAAAUGCACCGUUAAAUGUAUUUAUUUCUAUAUUACUGCAGUAGAACCACAAGUGGUCAGAAACAUGCGAUCAGACGACAAAGAUGAAACGAACCACCGAGCCCAGACAAAAAUAGUGACAGCGCCAUACGCUGCAGGGAGACUCUGUGUGCUUCUAGUUAAUCUUCAUCUCACAUACUGACACAAUCAGCACUCAAAGGUCAGACGAGAAAAAGAAAGCACUCAGUCAUAGUAAAGCUAAGCCGACAAAAUUCGGAGAGGAACGAUAAAAAGGAUUACCAUGGUUGCCGUUACUGAGUUUCAGAAGAUAGGAAUUGGUCUGGUGGGAUUUGGUUUAUUUUUUCUGCUCUUUGGUGUGUUGCUGUACUUUGAUUCUGUUUUGCUGGCCUUUGGGAAUAUUUUGUUUUUGACAGGUUUAACAUUCAUCAUUGGCUUCAGGAAGACAUCUCACUUCUUUUUCCAAAGACAUAAGUUCCGAGGCUCGUUCUUCUUCCUGGGAGGUGUGUCCCUGGUGCUGUGCCGUUGGCCAGUUAUUGGUAUGCUGCUGGAGGGUUACGGCUCCAUCCUUUUAUUCAGGUCAGCUUCAAACAUGAACAAAUUACGGUCUUUCUUUCCAAUGGCCCUGGGAUUUGUGCUGUCAGUGGUAAACGUCCCUUUCCUCAAUGCUUUUUUGCAGAGUGGCUCCAGCAUGGUCUAAGAGCACAUUUCAGCAGACUGGACAGUAUAACAAGUGUGACAGACAGUUGAGCAAAGACUGGAGAAGAUACUAUCAACCACUUGUUAAAAGCCAACAUAUAAAAACAUUCUAGAGAGGUGUACUUUUCUAUUUUUUUCCUUAUUUGAAACUACAGUCAAUACAUUCACCACACUGACACAUUACAAUUUAUUAUUUAGUUCAUGGUUGUUGAGCUACAGCAACACAUUGUAUUAUGUUUACUAUUCACUGUUAGAAUCAGCUAUAUGAAAUUACAUAGCACAUUGUGAUAGAUUUGCCUUUUUUGUUUUAUAUUCAUUUUAUCUUAGGACAUUAAAUGUACCAUCUUUUGCAGCCAAACUCAUCCAUUGGAUCUUUGUGGGAUGAAAUAACAGUAGUGUUCAACACAUUUAAAUAAAUUGCAGAAGCAGGACCUCCGAGUAAAGCAAACCCAAACAUAGAGUUGAUGUAUUGUUUAGAGAAUUUCUAGAAUGGAAACAGGGCCAAGAUAUGUUGGAUGAAUUUCAAGGUUGGGUUUCAUUACCUCAGUUGACCGUUUUCCUGUGGUUUGCAUUUCUCCUUGGGUCCAACCUCCCUGCAGGCUGCUCAAUGGAGGCACUCUGUACCAUUGUUGUCUUUUAAGUCACUGUUCAUUUCAUCAUUGAAACCAGAAUGUAUUCUCCACACCAUUUUUUACAUUUUUACAACAGCACAUGACACCAAGCAAGUUAUGUUCUAUUUAUUGUUUUAGUUGUUGUAUUUUUCAAGCAAAACAUUGACGAGAGCAAAGAUGAAAAUUAGAUUUGUUCAUGCUAUGACUAUCAUGAGUUAUUAACUGUCAGAUGUGAGCUCAACAGAAUUAAAUUACCACAGACUGCAUGCAAUUUCAAAUUUGGUGCACAUACACAUAGAGUAUACUGAUUAUUCCCUUUUCAACUGUGACAACUAUUUUUAAUAAAUAGGACAAUUUGUAUAUUUGAUUAUCUGCUUGCUAUCAUAUUCAUUGAUUGGUUUCUCAAAUCCAUUAUAAUUGAUUGGAUAGGCAGUUGUGUGAAAUUAAAAGGAAGAAAUGUGUCGUCAUGUAUGUUUACAACCUGCCGUCAGGUGACGUUAAUGGUCCUCAAUAAACUUCUGUAACUAACACUGA